AGUUAAACAUCAGGUUGAACCAUGGAGCUAGCUCGUUUUUAAUCAACUCUCCUGCCUGACGGUGUAACAUCACCAAACCGGAAAGGUGGGAGGUGUAAAACAGGCGAGAUAAUUACCAGCUACUGAAACGUGUGUGUGUUCCCAAAAUGUUUUCGGAAGGCGGCUCUUUCGUGAAGGGGAUGCUCCUGGGAGGACUCUUCUGCUUGGUCGUGUCCCUCCUGGCUAGUUUCAGCCCCAGCACAGAGUCUGGGUCAGAGGACCACCACAACCAUCAUCAUGUCAAGGCGGCGAGCAAAGAUGAGCUGACACACCUCUCUGACAGUCACAUUAAGGAGUUAAGCAAUCAAGUUCGGGUCUACUGCGUCAUCAUGGUCCAGCCCAAGAUCCUUGUGUACUGGGCUACAGCUGCGGAAACCUGGAGCAAACAUUGCGACAAGGCCGUGUUUUACACUUCUGAGCAGUCCAAGGCGCUCGAGGCGGUAGACCUGAAUGAGAAAGACGAGUGGGCGAGGUUACGGAAAGCUCUGAAGCACGCUUAUGAUAACGCUGGAGACCUGCGCUGGUUUUUUGUGGCGCAACCCACCACGUUUGCGAUCAUCGAGAACCUGAAAUACCUGGUGCUCACAAAGGAUCCCAGCCAGCCCUUCUACCUGGGCAACGCCAUGAAGUCAGGGGAGCUGGAGUAUGUGGCUUACGAUAGCGGUAUCGCCCUGAGUUAUGAAGCGCUAAGAAGGCUGGUGAAUAUAUUCCAGGAUGAGGACAAAUGUCCAGAAAGAGGACGUGCCCUGUGGAAGCUGAGUGAAGACAAGCAGCUGGCCGCGUGUCUUAAAUAUACGGGCGUAUUCGCUGAGAACGGAGAAGACGCGCACGGUAAGGGCCUGUUCAACAGCAAGAGCGUCGAGACGCUGAUAAAAGACAGCAUGAGUGACAACCCGAACAAUGUAGUGGAGGGCUGCUGCUCCGACAUGGCAGUCACGUUCAACGGGAUGUCACCGAGUCAAAUGCACGUCAUGAUGUUUGGAGUUUACAGGCUUCGACCUUACGGCCACAAUUUCCUCGACUCUUUAGUUUUUCUCCCUCCCGAAGGUUCAGAGAACGACUAGAGACUUGUUUCUUCAAGCUGGAUUCAGCUUCUUUUUUUUUUUAAAGGUUUUGCUUCUAUGAUGGCAAUCUUAAUUUUUUGGGAGAUGGUUUUCCUAUGCUGUUUAAAAACAAAAGAAAAUUGGGAUGGGAAAAAACUUUUAUGUAUAUUUGUACCUUAUUUGCACAUGGCACAAUCAGCACCCCCGUUCCUUUGUGGCUGAGGUAAAAAGAAAAAAAAAAGUGUCAAUGGGUGUGCCGUUCAAGAAUGAAGCUAGGAAAUAUAUCAAACUUGUGACAUGAGGCUUAAUGAUCUGGAGCAUUUAGUUAUUUUAAUAUUAUGUAUCUUAAAUGUUUUGUCUUUUUAGCGGUUUUAGUUAUAAGUUGAUACUAUUUUCUAAUGAUUAAAUUGGUUUUUACAUUUUCUUUCAAUGUUUUAAGUGCUUGGACCUCAGCCACUUUAUGGUGAAGAUCUUUUUAGCUUUGAAAACAGAUAAGUUAAUUCCUUGCAGGUUUAUGUUUAGUCAUCUUGUCAUGCAAAGAAUUGGCCCUCACAGCUAAAUAGAAAAUAACAGACCUCAAUGUUUACUGAAUGGUGGACUGAAUAUCUCUGGAUAUGUCAAAAGAACAAAGUUUUUCUGUGUCAUGUAUCCACAGUCAUUUUAAAAACACAUGGACGUCAGACUCAGAAGAUGACUGCUUUUGGAUAAGGAAUAAAACUAAUUUCUGAUGAAACUUUGUGUUUUUUUUUUUUUUUUGGGUGUUGUUGAAGAA